AUGUUUCACGAUCUCAACGUCCCUUGGGGGAAUGCGAAGGAGCUGCAGCGCGCGACGUCUCCCGUUCCAAAUCCACUUCCGUUCCCAACACCAUCCCGGCUGCGUAUUUUGCGUCGCUGCAACAUUUUUCUCACAGACGCAGCGUCAAACUUCAGGAUCCCGCAGCUACAGCAGCAAUAUGAUCUAAUCGCUGCACGGCCCACUGAUGAAAAGACGCUCCAGCAGGCAUGUCAGAGUCUAGAUGUCGACAUCAUCUCCCUGGAUCUGAGCCAAAAGUUCGAAAAGCACUUCAAGUUUCCCAUGCUUGGCACCGCCGUAUCACGAGGGGUCAAGAUUGAACUCUGCUAUGGUCAAGCCGUACUAUCCUUUGAUUCGACCGCGAAGAGGAAUGUCAUCAGUAAUGCUACGCAACUCAUCCGUGUAACGAGAGGACGUGGUUUGAUCAUGAGCUCGGAAGCGAAGAGCGUGCUGGGACUGAGGGCGCCGAGCGAUGUCAUGAAUCUGGCUUCGGUAUGGGGACUGGGCUUGGAGAGGGGGAAAGAUGCGCUCACCAAAGAGGCUCGUAGCGUCGUAGAGUUCGCCCGCCUCAAACGUCAAAGCUACAAAGGUAUCGUUGAUAUAGUCUACGGAGGGGAGAAGCCGCCUGCGCCAGAGAAGGUCGUGGAGGACAAGCCACAGAAAGGUCAGAAGAAGGACCAGAAGCGCAAGGCACAGGACAGCGGAGAGAGUACACCAGCGCCAUCCGGAGAGGAAAAGAUUAUAUCCAAGCGGCAGAUGAAGAAGACCAAGAAGGCCAAGCUGGCUGCUGAGAUGCAGAUCGGCACUGGAUCAUCGGCUUGA